AUGCAACAAUCGGAUCUCCAUCGACUUAUCCAAUCACUUGAAACAAAAGGCGAUGCGCUCACUCACAACUCGAGACAAUGGCGAGAAAAGAUCGACGACAAGACAAAAGAAAUAGAGGAACUGAAAAGAAAACGAAAAGAGAAUGCACAGAGGAUCAAUGAAUUACGAGACACAGCACAAAACAUCCAAACCAAUCUUCAAAACCGUCAGGAACAACAGCAAGAAUUUGAAGAACGAGUUCAUGCAAUCAAAGAAGAGCGUAUCCAUUCCCAGUGUCUUGUAACCCAGGCUGAAUCAGAAUGGCGUGAAUUAAAGGCAGCGCAUGAUCUUCUUGCUACUCGAUACGAAGCUGUUCGACCUAGCCGGGACUGCAAAUGCGCAGGUUGCUCAAAAUGUAAUAUUGAAUUUGCAAUGUUGCCAUGUUUCCAUUUCGAAUGUGCAAAGGAACUUUCAUCAUGUAAAAUAUGCAAGAGUACAAAACAAGGAAUCCAACGUAUAUAUUAUGGUUGA